CCCACCAUCUUCCAUUCUUACUCUUUCUCUCUCUAACAUUCCUUCUCUCACUACAUUUUCUUUCAAUUUCACCUUAAACUCAAAAAUGUCGGUCGCAGGAGGAAACGGGUUUCCAAAACGCAACACAAUCCGUCACAUUGUACGACUCCAUCAAAUGUUACGACGUUGGAGGAACAAAGCAGCUCAACGUCGUAUUCCUUCUGAUGUUCCGUCUGGACACUUGGCUGUUACCGUUGGUUCUAACGGUCGCCGGUUCAUUGUCCGAGCUACUUACUUAAACCAUCCGGUUUUUAGAAAACUGUUGGUUCAAGCUGAAGAAGAGUAUGGGUUCAGUAACCAAACCGGUCCGUUGUCUAUUCCUUGUGAUGAGAAUGUUUUCGAGGAAAUUCUUCGGUUUAUGAACCGGUCUGAUUCUACUGCCCGGUUUGUUAAUCUUGAAGAUUUUCAACGGUCAAACCAUUGUCAUGUUGGGUUCCAGAGUAGCCUUACGGAUUCUCGACCAUUACUCGAGAAAUCCGUAUGGUAAUUAAUAGAGCAUAUAACAUAUUUUUAUAAUAUGUUGAUAUACUGAAUUUUAGAUAACAACAAAAAAGUGCAAACUCAUGAGUUGUGUUGAGUUGACCCGGGUAUGACUCGUACGAGCUUGGUGGGAUAAUUGCCCACCACGCAGAAAACGAGCUGAGUCAAAAGGACGAGUUGGGUAAUUAUUAUUUUUGAUUUUUCUUUAAUUAGCAUAGUUUUAUUUUCUCAUUUGAAUUUAUGAGAUUGGGGAUUAUAAUGGGUGAUGAGCUGAGUCAAAUGGGCGAUUUGCUCCGAGUUAAGAAUGCGUGGAGAUGGCGAAAAGGUGGUAAUAGAACUGAGUUCAUCACUGAGUCGUCCCGGGUUCGGGUUGGAGCGAGUUGGAGUUUGAAUCACUGUGAAGCUCGUUCCUAAUUGUAUAAAGUUGACCCUGGAAUAGAGAAGGGUUACUUAUGUAAUUAAAUUGAGGAAUUUAUUGAGAUUGGUUAAAAAAUUAAAAUUCUGGGAAAAAUAAUAAUUGUAGAGAAAUUUUUAAAUCAAUUAUUACCCAUUUUUAUAGUAUUAUUAUUAUUAAUUAUUAUUAAUAUUUUAUUAUUUGUUGCUGGUGAUAAUUAUGAAUUCAUUAUUUGGGUUGAGUUAUUAGCAAUUUUGUUGAAUGAUCAAAUGAGACAAGGAUGGAAGCACGUGAAUAAAAACGAAACAGCUCAUAUUUGAUGUAUCAAAAAAAUUCCAUGUUAUUGGUUGGUUUUGCACUGUUGGAAUUAAGGUU